UAUCUCGACACUAGGUGUGGAACCGUUCCUAGUAGUUCCGAAUCCCGAACGAUACCGAAAUACGAAAACGAAACUAACUUGUAAGCUUAUUCAAAUACUGUAUAGUUUAAGAGAUCAAUAAUUACAUUAAAAAUUGAGACGAACGGAAAUGACAACUACAGAUCAUUAUAAUACUUCAUAUGAUCCGGAUAUAAAGAAUGAUCGAUCACGUUGGAUGUCCCAGAUUCCAGACGACAAAAGCUUGGCUGAUAUAUCAAUAGCAGGCUCUCACGGAUCUGUAGUUUAUUACGGAGGUGACGCUUAUCAAUGUCAAACAUUUCCUAUUAAAAAACAAUUCCAGGCCGGUAUACGCUUCUUAGACGUUAAUUGUAAAUGUGAAGAAGAAAAACUUUAUAUCUAUCAAAGAAAAGUCAACCAGAGAACAAGUUUCUCAGAUGUUUUAUGUAGUAUUUUCGGUUUUUUGAACGAUAACGAUAGUGAAUGCAUUAUCUUAAAUGUAACACCAGAUGGAGACGAAAAUAUCGAAAACUGGAAUAAUCUGUUACAUUCUUAUAUAAAUGCAUUCGGAAAAGAAAAAUUUUGGCUUAAUGAUAGUAUACCAAAAAUGAAAAUGGUCAGGGGUAAAAUUGUCUUACUGAAACCAUUUGUUAAUGCAGAAAUAGGAAUAGGAAAUAGUCAUGUGGAGUUAUUCCAAAAAGAAAAUGUUCCUACUAUAUUUUCUGUUGCUUCUACCUGGGAGGAUAUAAAUCGCCACUUAAAAUCUAUAGAAAACAAUCCUAAUAAGUUGUUUGUUACUUAUUGUUGUGGACAUAGUUGGUUUGCCUAUCCAUAUUCUGUGGCCAAUACUUUAAAUCAAAAUCUUCUGAAAUUUUUGGAAUAUCAAGAGUUAAGAUCCUGGGGAAUUAUUGCAUUGGAUUAUCCAGGAUUAGAAUUGAUAGAAGAAAUCAUUAACAGUAAUGAUUAAACUUUUUAUUGCAUACAUACAAAUUAAAUUCUAACUUUAAGUGUCUUCAUAAACAUAUGAAAAGUUUACUUGUUAUAUCUAUUGCAGAUCUAUAGUACUUGAUCAUAAUUAAUUUAAUAUUUAACACAACAAUUAACACCUAAAUGCUAAUUCCAGCACUGAAUGAACAAAAAAUUUUUAUGCUCAAACAUUUUUUAUUUGAUAUAUUUAAUAUAAAUAUUAAAUUAGAUAUUUGGAAACAUUAAAAGAUUUUAAAUAUUUGAUUUUACAAUUAACAAUGAAAAUUAAUUUUAUAUAUUGGUCAAUACAAUUCAGGAGUCACAAGUCAAUUUCCAUAUGAUCUGCUGGAUUUCUAAUUAUUAAAUUUAUUAAGAGAAGGCAGUUUAACUGCCUGCUUACUUUUAAGCCAAAUUGCUUUGUUUCUGAUCAUUAAAAUAGCCAUAAGUCAAUAAUGUGAAGAUACAAAAUUGUAUAAAUAACUGGUCAUUCACAUUUGUGCAUUGUAUAAGGCAAUGACAAUGAAUAGACAGAAUAAGGAUGUCAAUCAGAUCUCUGACGGGCAAUAUUGGCAAUGUAUUAAAACAACAACACUCCAUUGCUGCUUGGGCAAAAAUGUGAACUGUUGUGGCAACCACUGCACUCCAUGUAAUGUAAUUUUAUAUUGUUUUUGUUACUUUUGUUCCUGUUCUGUUCUUUAAAGUAUAGGUUAUAGUAGUGAAAAAUGGAAGAAAAGUUUUAUACUGAGUUUUACAAAUUAGUGAGUGAGAAAAGAGAAUAAGUUUAUUCAAAGUGAACUUAUUCGCUUUUCUCUUCUCCACGAAUUUUCCAAAAUGAAUAUGUCAAAAAAUUGUAGUGGUAAGGAUAACAAAAGAAAUAUUAAAGAUACCUGGCCAAAAAAGUACUCAAUUAUUAAUACAUUACAGAUUGUUUAUGAAAUAUGAUGUGCUGGUUUUCAAUGGCAGAAUGAGCCUCAUCAAACAAUAAACUUUAAUUCAGAUAAAAUAAUUUAUUAUAUUAAAAAUGAAGAACUGUUUGAUAUUCUUUCAAAAAUACACAAUGAAAUCAGUUAUGGUGGAAGAAACAGAAUAGUGAAGGAGAUAUCACAAAAAUAUGUAACAUCACAAGAGAAUUGGUGCAUAGGCAUAUUUGUCCUGUAAGCCUAAACAGUAUAAAUACAAAUAAGAUGUGAAUAAAAUGUAUCCAGGAAACAGAAAAGUAAUAUAGACCUACACUAGAGUUUGUCCUAUUUAGGCUUUCCUCCUAUUCAUUCUUUUUUUAAAUGAUGGGACACAGGAAGUCCUCAAAAAAUAAACAUUGUGUAUGCAUGUGUUGUAUAACAAAAUAAAUGUUCUUAAAAUAAUCAUAGGUGUGUGAUGCUCUAAGAAAAAA